AUGCCCAAAGGCGGCGUCAAAGCUCUCGCCGCCAAGGAGGCGGCGCGCAUCGGCUUGGGCAACGCGGAAGCCCCCCUGUUGGCGGCGUCACCCAGCAGCAGCGAUCCCGGGGCCACUUCAACAGCAGAGGCGGCAGGGGGCAUGGCUGCGGCCGCCAGCAGUGCGGGCGCCAGGGCUCUGCUGAAGGAUCUGGGGGAGUUGGUCGUAGGCAAGGUGCUGCGGCGGCCGUCGGCGUCGGUGCGCACGCCCUAUGUCGCGGAUGUCCAGCUGGCGUCUGGGGAGCAGGUGCUGGCGCACACGCCGGCCAUGGACUGCGCUGGCCUCAUCGUGCCGGGUGCCGUCGUGCGGAUGACGGCCAACGCGCCGCGCAAGGCGGGCGCGGCCCCCACCAAGACGACGCACGCGAUCCAG